CGUACUACAGGAUUGGUACUACUACGUAAGUUCAUCAUCGUCAUAAAUAAAUCUCCAUCUCGAUCGCGCUCCUCGCCUGAGCAGCAUCGAACUAAUAAGUCCGGCACCAAUGGACGUGGAGCGCGCCACCGCCACAGCAGCGGUGUAUCCACUGCCGCACUCAUUUUUCGGCCCGAGGCGGCCGGAGCCCGCGGCCGUAGGUGCGCCAACACGCACCCUUUUCGAGUGGCCGCCGCGGUGGCAGAGGCCGGCCCGGCGUGUGCCGUUCAGUUGGCGGACGUACGAUCAUGAUCCGCCGGUCGUCGCUGCAGCGGCGCCGCCCUACAGGAACAGCGGCUUUAGCGCCGUCCCGGCGUCGGAGAAGGCCAUCGCUGGCCUACCCUACAGGGAGAAGGGCUGCUCCGUGUGCAUGGAGGCCUUCGAGGAGGGGGAGAUGCUCAGGGGAUUGGAAUGCUCCCACGCGUUCCACGAGGACUGCAUCUCCGUGUGGCUCAGCGUCAGCCACCUCUGCCCGCUCUGCCGCUUCGCGCUGCGUACCCAACGCCAAGAGGGUGAGGAGGAACGUACGGGCCGCGAGUAGAUGACUGGUCUGCUAUCUCAGGAUCAGAAUUCAGAACCCAAUUAUCUAUGGUUUGUGUGCCCGUUGGCUCUCUCCAAAAAAGUUACUCCCUCCCUCUAUAUUACUCCCUCUGUUCCAUAAUAUAAGAGCGUUUUUGACACUACUGUAGUGUAAAAAACACUCUUGCCUUAUGGGACGGAGAGAGUAGUUUACAGAGGAAGUAGUAGUCUAUGCAAAAGUAUAUCUUCAGAUCUUCUUUCUAGUUUGGACUAAAAAACAAUUCUUCUUCCUAGAGGACUAGGACGGUGCCGGCGUUUGUAACCUUUCGUUUUCUUCUUCAUUAUUAUCA